AUGGCCAUCGGAAAGAACUACCCCAUCAUCAAGAAUCACUUCAGAAAGCACUGGCAAGAGAGAGUCAAGACUCACUUCGACCAAGCCGGUAAGAAGGCCAGCAGACGUGUCGCUCGUGUCAAGCGUGCCGCUCAAAUUGCUCCUCGUCCUUUGGACCUUUUGAGACCUGUUGUCCGCGCUCCUACUGUCAGAUACAACCGCAAGGUCCGUGCUGGUAGAGGUUUCACCCUUGAGGAGUUGAAGGCUGCUGGUAUCCCCCGCAAGGUCGCCCGUACCGUUGGUAUCGCUGUUGACCACAGACGUCAAAACAGAUCUGUUGAGGGUUUCGAGACCAAUGUCAACAGACUCAAGGAAUACAAGGCUAAGUUGAUUGUUUUCCCCAGAAAGGCUGGUAAGCCCAAGUCUGGUGAUGCUUCUGCUGAAGAGAUCGCCGCUGCCAAGCAACAAUUGUCUGUUGCUGCUGCUUUCCCCAUCGCUCAAACCACUACUGUUCUUUCUGAGCGUGCUAUUACUGAAGAAGAUAAGAAUGUUGAGGCUUACAAGACUCUCCGUAUUGCCCGUUCUAAUGCCAAAUACGCUGGUAUCCGUGAGAAGAGAGCCAAGGACAAGGCUGAGGCUGAAGCUGAAAAGAAGAAAUAA